AUGGCCUUAAUCCCGUCGCCACAGCACCGUAAUUACCGUAACCUCUCUGUCCUCCCCGCUCUCCCCGUCCACCCCCUUCCCGUUGGCUCUCCGCACACACCCCGCCCACGUUUCUUCUUGGGACCCUUGCGCUCACGGUCCCUUGCUUAUCAGGAGCUCAUGCUGCCCGUUUUGCCUAUUGCCCCUUCAUCCCCUCACGGGGCCUCGCUCUCCCGCUCUACAUAUAAUGGACCUUUGUCUUCUUCUUGCAUUCACUUCACAAUCUACAACCCCCCACGCUUCUCCUACUCAUCCUGCACCAUGGCUGCACAGAUCUACAACCCCGACCACACCAUGUCCGCUGCCGAAGAGGAGGCCCUCGGUGCCUCUAGGGAUGACCUUGCUGUGGACGAUCUGCCCGAAGGCAUGUUCCACCACCUCGCAGAUCCCGCUGACCUCCCUGCUGCAAAGAAGUCGUGUAUGGUUCCUGACGCCAGUCCCGCCCCCAAUCCUUCCCCCGCCACCUCCUCCGGUUCGGUCCCGGCGCUCCCUGCACACUCUCCCGUGCCCCUCACUAUCGCCGCUCUCUCUGCGCCCUUGUUUGGCCUGGCACCGUCGCUGGUUGCAACUGCAGCAUCUCCCAACAGCCCGGUAACCCGCGCAACCACAUACGCGUCCGUCGCCUCAGGCUCCAACCUGGCUCCCGCGCUGCCCGCCUCGCUCUUCGCCUCGCCCACCCCGGGCGGCGCCCCCCGUAAUCUGCGGCGCGCGCGCACGGAUGCUGCUGUCCCGUUGCCUUUCCGCAUGUGCCGCCGCAUGGUAGUCAAUGUUCUCCUCCCGAAAGCCGGGCUGGAGUCUCACCGCUCUGAAAUUUUCGCUGGCAUCAAUGCGCAGGUGUGUGGCUUUAUGUUCUCAUCUGGCAUUAUCCCUUCCUUCGAGCAGACCAUUGGGGACCCCUACCGUGUGGCCCGCCAGGUGUAUGGCCGCCUGCUCUUCUCAUGGCCGUCGCAGGACGAUGCGGCGGCCUUCCGAAAGCUCUUCCCCCUCACCCUCAAAGUCUCCAACUCCCACCCCUUUCUGCUUAAGGUUUUCGAAGACACGCUCGAGGCCUUCACCGCUGCCAAGGCAGCCGCUAUGCUACCUCACCUUCUCCUUGCCUUACCGCUCUGGUCCCCCUGUACUCCCCUUUCGGCUCUCCAUUUCGACAUCUCCCCCCACCUGUUACAAUACCUCCCCGCUCUUCCAGAGCUACAGUUCUCACCCACCCUGCUCUGUCCCAUUGUUGCCUCAUCCCCCUCUGCCCUCCCAGCUGCUGGGCCGCCGCGAUCACUUAAGCCCACCACCCCCCUUCACUCUAUCCCUGCCUCCCCACCGCCCCGCAGUCAACGCGCUCCCCUGAAACUCCCCCCCAGCAGCCCCACUCUUAACCCCCCUAUGCCCAAUGUCUCAUCCCCUCCUGCCCCCCCAGCGCCCCUCCCCUUGGGGCUCACCCCCCCUCCUCUCGCCUGA